AUAAGUCCCGAGUCAAGAACUCUAGUGUUGUAAACUUGUAUUUUGUAGGUCUCGUCUCUUACAUAAUGAAAUCUGAUUGAGUAAAAAAUUAACACUACAGAUAUUCUCAGCGUUUUGAUAUAGACUCAGCUAAACAUUGACAAUGAAGGUGACGUAUUCCUGGAUCAUAUAUUCAAGUUUAAUUUUCGGAACCCGCAUCCUGUCUCAAAAAUACCAUGGAUUUCAUUUAUCGCCUAUAAGCACUAUACCAGAUAUCAAUGAUGAAAUGUAUAAUUGUUCCAAUGGAGAACCUAUCUUAUGGAGUUCGAUUUGUGAUGGUUUUGAGAAUUGUUCAGAUGGUUCAGAUGAGACCAAAGAGUUGUGUGCUCUAUUCGAGUUUGAAACAAAUAUGACCAUGGAUUGUGGUAGAGUGCAUAAUAUGAAAAACAAAGUAAAACCCGAUGAAGCUCAUCAAUCAAUAACUGAAUUAGCACCUUGGACAGUUGCUGUGUAUAAAAAGAAUGAAGAUUCCAAAUUUGAUUUUAUUUGUCCUGGAUCGAUGAUUUCUCUGAAUAUAGUAAUUUCUGGGUUUUUUCUGCAUUUAGAUGGGCAAUUUGAUCUAUUUAAAAUUGGUCCUAUGGUUGUUCCUAAGUUGUUGGCAGAUUUUAAACUAUUAAUCAAUGUAACAAUGAUUUACUCGGUUGAAGAUGAUUUGCGUGAUAGAUUUCAUUUGGACACUUAUAGGAUAAACACUAUAGAAGUUAUUGUCUUAGCAAACAAACUUCCGUUAAGUAAUGGAUUUGGAUUUACGCCUAUUUGUAUCGAUUGGUUUAGUAAUUAUGACAUACGGAAGGAAACUCAAAUGAGGACUAUUAGUUAUAAAUAUAUUGAAGACAAAAAGGAGGUUAAAGUAGUACAAUAUUUCACAAAUUACACAACGGAGAAUGAAAAGGAGAUUUAUAUCAAAUUUAAUACAGAAAAUGAUCCACAUAUAAUUGAUGUAUUUCUAGGAUCAGGCUUAGGUAUUUUAAACUCUAAUAGUUAUUUUUUAACCGGGAUAGUUAUGAGUUGGUCUCCUAGAAACCAUAAAAGUGAAGUCUAUACAAUGCAAUUUACAAACAUAAUACACUAUGUUCCAUUGAUACGUGGUAUUUUUAACAAACAUGUCACAGUGAAUUCAUGCGUUUUACCAACUGUUGAAGGAGUUAUUUAUUCUUAUGAAGGUUCUGAUGAAAUAUUAUCUCACGGGACAUUAAUUGAUCGUCACGUUAAUAUUAUUGAGAAUUGUGAAGUUGGAUAUCAUAAGGCUUUUCGCUAUGGUUUUAGGUUUUGUCUAGGAAAAGGAAAAUGGUUAUCGAGUUCUGAUAAAUUGUGUUUCAAAAUGUGUCCACCUCUAGAGUCAGAUAGUAUAGAUAUUAUAUGUACUUAUAAUGGGAAGUAUGCUAAUUGUACAAAUCCAUCCAUACCCGAUACAAUAGCAAUACCAUUAUGUAAGCCUUCAUAUACCGCACAAAAUGGACACGAAGAGGAACCACUUGAAUUACUUUGCCAGCCCAAUGGAGCGUGGAAUAAUGAACUGUAUAGAUGCAAUCCAAGAACCAGCGACCUGUGUGACAGAAAAUUUGCAAAACGACCAGCUGUAUCACCUAAAUCAAAGUUGGUGACUGUAGUACAAACACAUUUUAUGAACACUUAUGAUAAGUAUAACUGUUCAAAUGGAGAAACUAUCGAAUGGUCGUGGCUUUGUGAUGGUUAUGAGGAUUGUUUAGAUGGUUCAGAUGAGAUCAAAGAGUUGUGUGCUCUAUUCGAGUUUGAAACAAAUAUGACCAUGGAUUGUGGUAGAGUGCAUAAUAUGAAAAACAAAGUAAAACCCGAUGAAGCUCAUCAAUCAAUAACUGAAUUAGCACCUUGGACUGUUGCUGUGUAUAAAAAGAAUGCAGAUUCCAAAUUUGAUUUUAUUCAUCCCGGAUCGAUCAUUGCUCCAAAUAUAGUAAUUUCUUUUAGUUAUUAUUUUCGGGAUAUCUGUAAGACGUAUGAACCAAUGGACGACUCAAAAUUGAAUCUAUUCAAAAUUGGUCCUAUGACUCCUUUGGUAAACUUGUUGGAAGAUUAUAAACUGUUAAUCAAUGUAACAAUGAUUUACUCGACUGCAGAUACUAUUAAUUAUAGAUAUGGUAAUGAUGCGGAAAAAACUAUAUCAGUAAUUGUGUUAGCAAACAAACUUCCGUUAAGUAAUGGAUUUGCGCCUAUAUGUAUCGAUUGGUUUAAUAAAUAUGAUAUACGGAAGAAAACUCAAAUGAGGAUUAUUGGUUGGAAUCAUAAUGGUGGUAACAAGGAGGUUAAAGUAGUACAAUAUUUUACACAUUACAGAAUGGCGAAUGAUGAGAUUGAUAAGACGUUUGUUAUCACAUUUAAUACAAAUCAACAUAUAAAUGGAGUAUUUUUAGGAUCAGGCUUAGGUAUUUCAUACAGUAAUAGUUAUUUUUUAACCGGGAUAGUUUGGAACUGGUCAAACGGAAACAAUUUGAGUGAAGUCCAUACGAUGCAAUUUGCAGACAUAAAACACUAUGUUCCAUGGAUACGUGGAAUCUUAAACAAACAUGUCACAGUGAAUUCAUGCGUUUUACCAACUGUUGAAGGAGUUAUUUAUUCUUAUGAAGGUUCUGAUGAAAUAUUAUCUCACGGGACAUUAGUUGAUCGCCACGUUAAUAUUAUUGAGAAUUGUGAAGUUGGAUAUCAUAAGGCUUUUCGCUAUGGUUUUAGGUUUUGUUUAGGAAAAGGAAAAUGGUUAUCGAGUUCUGAUAAAUUGUGUUUCAAAAUGUGUCCACCUCUAGAGUCAGAUAGCUUAUAUAUUGAAUGUUUUCAUAAUGGGAAGUAUGCUAAUUGUACAAAUCCAUCCAAACCCGAAACAAUAGCAAAACCAUCAUGCAAGCCAUUAUAUACCGCACCAAAUGGACUCGAAAAGGAACCACUAGAAUUACUUUGCAUGCCCAAUGGAGCGUGGAAUAAAGGACUGUAUAGAUGCAAUCCAAGUUGCGGUAAGAAUUAUACUAUAAACGAUGGAAUUAUUAUGGGUGGUGGAUCAGCAUCUGCUGGAACGGCACCGUGGAAUGUUGGUGUAUAUCAAUUCAAUAAAACAAUAUCCAAUGAUUAUGAUUUGAUUUGUGGAGGAUCGAUUAUUUCCCCAAAUUUGGUCGUUUCUGCGGCUCAUUGUUUUUGGGAAAAAGGUAUGCUAUCUCAUAAAAUAUCAGUUAACGACGGUCAGUACAAAAUUGCUGUUGGAAAAUAUUCAAUAAAUAUUACAAAAAUUGACAAUGAAUUAUUUACGAAAAUAAUGAAUGUGGAAUCUGUUCAUCUUCAUGAGAAUUAUCGUGGAUAUGCCUGGUUUCAUGCUGAUGAUAUAUCUAUUGUUGUGUUAGAAAACACAAUAUCUUUUAGUAUUGGUGUUUCGCCGGUCUGUGUCGAUUGGAUGAGUAUAAAUACUAUAAGAAAUGGAGAUAAAGGAAAGAUUGUUGGUUGGGGAAAAACGGAGAAAGGCAUUGCCAGUCCUAUUUUAUUGGAAGCAUCUUUGCCAUACAUUGACCAUAGAACUUGCCGGGAAAUGUAUAAAAACGGAUUUGAAUUAUAUGUGACUAAAGAUAAAUUUUGUGCCGGUUCUGAAUUGGGACAAGGAGUGAAUAGUGGUGAUAGCGGUGCAGGCUUAAGCUUUUUACAUUCGAAUUUGUAUUAUUUAACCGGAGUAGCGAGUGUCAAGGAUCCAAAUACAAAUAAUUCAAUCGCAGUUUUUACAGAAGUAAAGCACCACAUUCAAUGGAUUAAUAAACUGUAUAACAAUAGAACAUUAUAACAAUAAUUAUAAACAUAAUUAUUAAAAAUAUACUACAAACUAUAAUGUAAUAUAUUAUAAGCUAUUAAAAUAAUUUAGUCCAAUAUGUUUCAAUUGAAAUCUAUAUUUGUAUACAUAGUUUGUUACUUAUAUGUAACAAUUUUCAACAGUUCAUACUAGUAUUCAUUUAAACUAAUCAUAAUAGGUACGUAUUUAAUUAUACAUAAUAUGUAGUACCAAAUCAUUAAAAAGAUUAAAAUUGACACAUAUUCAAUUCGUACAGUUUUCAGCAUUAUACAUUAAUGGUUUCAUAAUAUUAUUACAAGGUAUUGUGCAUUUAAUUUGAAAUAAUUUCUUGUAUUAUUAUUAUUUUUUAUCAACUGUAUUGACAUAGCUUUGUUAACGACUAACAUAUUUGAGUACACAAUCGUAGCUGUAAUGUGCGGAGCACGUCGACCUAUAUAUGUAGUGAUGCCCCGCGUUUUACGCCGGGGUGCCGGACAAGAGCUACGCUGUAACGAGCGUAACAGUGUUGUGUUCUGAAGGACAUCUCCAUUUUCCACAAAAAACGUAUCCUUUCCAUUUAGGCCGAUUCACUUUUCGGCCAAAACCAAAAGUUCAAUAAUAACUAAUAUCUUUAUGUCGUUAUGUUAUAUACUUAUAGAAAAUUAUUAAAUAUUUAUUACACCCAAGUUUGCAUAAAAAAGUAUAUUGUGUGACAAGGGCGAGAUGUGAGCUAUUUCAGUCACCGACAAGUUUAUAUUGUGAAGCUGUUUCAGUCGCCCAAGACCGAAAUUGCCUUCUCACACGAGCCACGCGUAUUAUUUUUUUGUCACGCCUCUGCGUUCAUCGAUCACGGCAAUGGUAAUGCAACAACCAGACUAUUCUACGAAAACAAUUUCAUGAAAAAAACUACCUAUUAGGUUUUAUUUAUUUUAAGCGUCUUACGCGGAGGUUUUAAUUUGAAUAUAAGAUGUACCUAACCAAAAGUUUAUGUUUUGUAAGGACCGUGGUAUAGAUUUCAGUGUCUGGUUGUGAAGGGGUACGCGUGACAAUGUGCGCGCCCAGCAGUUUUGGGGAUAUCUAUUUUACCAUCCGGCCCUUUUGUGUAUUUAUCGCUUUCCAACGCUUUCAACCGUCAUUGAAAACUAAACUUUCGGUGCAUGCGUAUGGAAAAAAAUAUAUAAAUAAAUAAAAUGAAAUUUUUGUCAAUAAUUAUUAAACAUAAUAGUAAUAUGGGUAUAAUGUAUUGAAAAGGUGGGCAAGUGGAUGUCGAUACCAGUUUUUAUUAUAAUAAUGAUAGUUUCUGGUGCUACAUUCAGAAAGUAUUGAUAUAAAUUGUCAUAUUCCAAUUCUGACUUACGUAAUAUUAUAUCGUCGGCUUCCUACCAAAACUCGAUAACGGCAAAAUAGUAAUUGUUCAGUAAACGACUUUGAAGUUUUUAAAAAAGUACAUUUUUGGUCUCAACCCCAAAAAAUCUUUAACCCGUCAGUGGUUGCGAUGUGACCGUGGCGCUCACCUCGUUAGUAUUUUGAGAGCCACAAAUUUAUUUAUUACUUAAUUAAUCUGAUACUCCUAUACCUUCAGUUGAAAUAUGUUUAAAUAUACUUUUGCAAAUAUAAUAAUUUUAUAGAUAAUUCUCGAUUAGAUAUCGACAUGCAAUGUUGUUAGUAAUAUUCAUAAAUUGAGCAUUGCACUCACUCAAUAGACCUAAUACUAUUUCGUAAGCUCAGACAGUUAGGCCUAUUUUUAAGGAGCACACAAUAUUCAUAUGCAUACUGUAUAAUAAUCAGCAAAAUAUUCCAGACCACUAGGGCCAAGUUGAAUGAUAAUAAUUAUAUUAUGUAUAAAAAAUUAUAAAUUAAUUUUUAGUAGUAAACAAUUUAUAAUUAAGAAAAAUUGUAAGAACAUUUUUGUAAAAGAUUAAAAUAUAAAUAAUUUGUUGUUGGUUUCAAUAUUGUAUGUUCAUUGUAUAAUAAAUAAUGAUGAAAAAACAACGAGGUGAGCGCAGCGCUCACUCAAUACCAAUGGUGGGACUCUGCAUAGCGAUACCAACGACGGGUUAAUUUUUAAGGUAUUUACAUUUUUUUUUAUAAUAAAAACUGCUUGUAUUACUGCAUUAAAAUAUAUUGGA